CUUGCUCCAAAGCUGAACUAGCAUGUGCAAAAUUUACCACGGGGGUGUCAGGAAUUUCAAUCUUUGCUUCCAAAACAGACUGGCAGCCUGGGGGCCAAAGUGGGGAGUGAGCAGGAUCCCACACUGUUUUUUUGAGUUGUACACUGCACUGGCAUUACUAUCCUUAUCAUUCUGAGUACUUCAUCUAUUCAGUGUGGUUUCACGUCUCUCUUUAGCAUGACAUCUUCAGUGCCGAUAGUGGUAAUGCCUGAGAACAAGUGAGGAAGUGCAGCUCCCAAGGCAGGGACAGAGCGCAGGAUUAUGUUGGCUGCAACAUUCACAGCAGCACUGAUCUAUUUUAUGGUGCAAAGCUCUGGAACCUUGGCCCUCGGUACGGCAUGUUGGGAUGAACGCCUAUCACGAACGGAGAGAAACAGCAGCUGUGUGGCUUCACAGCCCUUCCUGAUAUUCGGCCACGGUAAAGCCAUUCAUCGGAUGGACCUUGAUGGAAAGAACCAGAGAAGGCUUGUGGCUGGGGUGGGAACUUCCAUCCUGCUCGACUUUAAUUUCAGAGAGGAGAGCGUUUACUGGGCUGACAAACACACUGGGGUCAUUUACAAAGCAUCAAUGAGAGGAGCACACAGACGGAAACUGUACUCAUCUGAUCAAGAUAUCUCGGGCCUAGCAGUGGACUGGAUUUGGAAUGGUGUAUAUUGGACAAGUGGAGAAAAGGGAAAAAUCAAAAGAAUUGAUAUAUAUGGAAAAAAUGAAAGGACUCUUUUAAGACACUUGACCCAACCAAGUUCUAUAACUGUUGACCCCACUAAGAGGUUUCUUUUUUGGCUGUCUGGUGGGAUGACUCCAAGUAUCCAGCGGUCUGAUAUGACAGGACAGGAGAAAACUACACUUGUUAAGAUAGCAGAACAACUGAACGCACUGUCGAUUGACACAGAGGACAAAACACUGUUUUGGGUUCAGUUUGGAAUGCAAGGAGAAAGUACCAUCGCCUCUUGUGAUUACAACGGGAAUGCCCUGCACAUCAUAGAUCAGCCUCUUAGGUCUCAGUCACUGGGGAUAUCAGUUUUCCUGGAGCACUUAUACUACACUGAUACAGCAUCUCACGUUAUAAAAAAAGUAAACAAGUACACUGGCGGAGAGCCACUGAAUGUUAACAUAAAACGAAUGGCAAAAAUCCCUGUUGAUAUUAAGGUAGUGCAUGUCCACAACCAGCCAAUGGAAGACUCCCAAUCAUCAUUUCCAGGUUGUGACAAACAGAGUGGAAACUGUGUGAAUGUGUGUUCCAGUCUAGCCGAGCAAGGGACUUGCCAGUGCAAUGAAGGCUUUGCUCUCAGUAAGGAAGGCACUUAUUGUGAAGAUGUGAAUGAAUGUGCCCUCUGGAACCAUGGAUGCUCUCUUGGUUGUGAAAACAUCCCAGGCUCCUAUUUCUGUACCUGCCCUAAAGGAUAUGCUCUCCUACCAGACAGGAAGACAUGUCAAGAGAUCAUACCAUGUGAUGGCAAUAUCACCAAGUGUGGCAAUGGAUGCCUGACAACAGACAAGGGUGCGGUCUGUGUGUGUCCUGAGGGAUCUUUAUUAAAGGAGGAUGGACAAGCCUGUACUGGCUGCUCUUCUGCAGACAGAGGGGGUUGCAGUCAGCUCUGUAUUCCUGUCACCCCUAGUAGGUGGCAGUGUGGUUGUCUGCAUGGCUACCAGCUUCACCAAGAUGGCAAGCGCUGCAUUGCCCCUGGACCACCACCUUAUCUACUAGUUGCCAAUCUAGUGGAUGUGAGACAAAUAAAUCCCGAUGGCACUGGGGAUCAAACCCUUGUAGAGGAGCCCAGAGGAACAAUCAUAGCUUUGGACUAUGACCCUGUCUGGAACAAUGUGUACUUUGCUAAUACACGCCGUCAGACAAUUGAGCGUGUUGAUUUGAACGGUGGGUCUAGAGAAGUUCUUGUCUCUGAUGGUUUGGACUCUCCAGAAGGACUGGCGAUUGACUGGGUCCACCGCAGGAUGUACUGGACAGAUACACGCCAGUCAACUGUUGACUGCAGUACCUUGUUUGGACUGAACAGAGAAACCAUUGUAAGCAAAGGGCUGGAAAAACCAAGAGGAAUCGCCGUUCAUCCUUUGGCAAAGAAGUUGUUCUGGACUGAUAUAGGGGCACAGCCUGCCGUGGAAAGUGCUUCUUUGGAAGGGAAAGACCGGGCUGUCAUUGUAAGCACCAACCUUUUGACACCAAGCGGCCUGACCAUCGAUUUCACAGAGGAUCGUCUGUUCUGGUGCGACCAGAGGAGGGGCAUGGUAGAGACUGCUGCCCUGGAUGGCUCAGAUCGACAGGUCCUGUUAGAGAACCAAGUAGGUCGACCUUUUGACCUUGCAGUGUUUGAGGACAGCUUGUGGAUAUCUGAUCGGGAGCACCAGCAGCUGAGGAGUGUACACAAGCGGACUGGGAAAAAGCUGCAACGUAUCCAUGGCAACAUGGUCCAACCAGCAUCCAUUGUGGUGGUUCAUCCCCUUGCGAAACCAGGGGCAGACAUUUGCCUUCACCUGAACGGAGGCUGUGCCCAGGUGUGUGAAAGCAAACUGGGUUUCGCCCACUGCUCCUGUCUGUCACGGUACAUCCUAUCAGCUGAUGGCAAAAGUUGCUUGCCUGCAGUUGCUUUAAAUGGAACAACAGACUCUGGAGACAGUGAAUCCACUGAUUUAAUGUCUCUCAACAACAAAACAUUCAACGAUCAGAGCACACCCCUGACAACACCUGGCCUGUCAAUUGAUAAAGAGGGGGCUAAAUUAGACUCUGAUGUAGGCAACGGGCCGACACUCUUCACAGACAAGAUGGUUUCAGACCAGAAUGAGUGUUACUCGUUUCGCUGUGGUAUAAAUGCACAGUGCCUGCUGAAUGCUGGCAGCCCAACCUGUCAGUGUCUAGAAGGUUUUACAGGUGACGGACAGCUGUGUGUGGAUAUUGAUGAGUGUAAACAGGGAAUGCACAAAUGUGACAAAAAUGCAGAAUGCCAAAAUACCUUGGGAAAGUAUUUCUGCAAGUGCCAGGCUGGAUACCAAGGCAAUGGGAAGAUCUGUCAAGAGUUGGAAACCACAUUGCCUUGGGUGACGACUGGUAGCCCAGCUGAUGUCACUACCCGGCAGCAAAAGAGUAACUCAGUGGAGAGUUGCCCCUCCACCCAUGAGUCCUACUGUCUGUACCAGGGUGUCUGCUUCUACUUUCCUGAAAUGGAGUCCUAUGCUUGCAAUUGUGUAUCAGGCUACAUGGGGGAGCGCUGUCAGUUCAGUGACCUGGAGUGGUGGGAACAUCAGCAGGCUGAGGAAAGGAAGAGAAGAAACGUGGUCAUCGCGGCCUGCUUGGUGGUCCUCAUUUCCCUGCUCUCAAUCGCUGCCUGUGUCACCUACUGCUACGGAACUAGGAAAUUCACACAGCCCUCAGUGGAUAAUGUGAGCGAAACCAGCAUGACAGAUGAGAGUAUGUCAGAGACCACUUCUACCAGUGUGCCUCGGUUCUACAUGGUGGUAGAAAAAGGUGCAGAAGGAAUGGUCAUCCCUGCCAUGGGCUGUCCCAGGAGAGCCGCCUGUCCAUCCUGCUCCUCAGAAACAGCUGACCAACCGGGACUGUUUCCCGCCGAAGUGUUGGGAACAUCAUCCAAACACAACAGAGGCUAUGAGUGUUCCAUGGUAUCGGCUGUUGCCAUGGAGACCAACCAAUCCACUGUCCAUCACUCAAGUCCGUCAUUGUCAAGCUCACAUACUUGUACAUCUUUCAAGCCACCAGUGCUCCCCCAGACUCCCAGCCCAGAGUCUGCUACUUCCUAGUUUACCAAAGAGGCCAACACAGUUCUACAGUUAAACAUAUACGGUUAACAACUGGCUGAUGUACAAACUGCAAAUUAAGAGUUUCAUUAUAAAAUUAAAUACCUCACAAAUGAAAGAAAUGUCACGGAAGCUGAAAACGUAUUUGUUUGCAUUUUUGUACAAACAAAAAUCUGGUUUGCUACUCUCAACUGUAGAUUUUUAUUAAACACACAAUUUAUUAAUGCCAAGCCAGUUAAUUAAAUCUAUUGUAAACACAGAUAUCUGGUAUUAUUACACAGAAUAAAUCAUUUGGUGUACAGAAAAUGAUUUAUUACAAGAUAUAACUUUUUAUUUUUAAAACAGAAAAUACACUAGCUAGUUACCUCAUUCUGUCAGUGGCAUGAACACUGACAGAACUGAAGAGUAAAAGUCAAACUGCAUCAAAAAUACAACAAGGAAAAAGGAAACUAUAGCUAACACACAAGCUGCUAAGUUAGCUGAAACGUAGUAUAAAAACCCAACAGCAAAGACCUAACAAAAAUGUUUCUUAACUGAAAUCUGAACCUACAAUAGCACAUGUAAUAUCAAAAUACAGAUAAAGUAUCUUCUUCCAAGGUCAAUUUUAAGUAUAUUGCCAUUUAGAAGCUUGUUUUUGAAAAGAAAUGAAAGAAUCCGUAUGGCUUGUCAAGAAAAACAGCUUGAUUUUUGUUUGUCCAACAUAAUACUAACCUAGCAUAAAGACAUUAUUGGUAUUUAUUUGAAGAGCACAAGCAACAGCCAGCAUUUUUGUGCACACUGUAUUCAACUCUGAUUAUGUAUUUUCAGCACAUAUGUAACAUAACUGGAAUUAGACGAUUGCAAGAAGAAGCUUGUUUUCCUUUCAGUCAAUAAAAUUAUAUUCAGGAAAAAAAAGUGUUGUGUUAAUAAACU